AGGAUCCGGAUAUCUACGACUACGUAUCCCCCUGCGGCUCUUCUGGCCGUUCUGCGUGCAUGGCUGAGCUAACCUGGUUGACCCAGGAUGUCACCGUGCACCAUGUAGACGUCUAGACAUAGACAUAGGCAUAGAUCUAGCCAGGCAAUGCAACAAUGCUUGAAUGAUCUGUACAAAAAUCUACACACGCUAAUCAGUAUCUGUAUGCGCUGCACCGUUUGAUAAGUGUAUGAGCAGCGCUAUCAUUCUUCCUGCUCUGCUCGCUAGAGUUGAGUGCUGGGUGGUCGUUUCUGCAGCCCUGAAAUGGCGUGCAAACGCAUUUGGAAGUGAGGCCAGCUGCAGGUGCCUGUGUGGAGUAGCCUCCUGUCCAUGCCCUGACACAUGUUUGCAAGUUGUAGCAGCAACAGCGAAUGCAGCCAGCAUUUCUAAAGUUAGUUCGAUGAAUGCUUGCACUUAGUCUUAGUUGCAGCAAAGUUCCCAUCAAUCCAGCAUCUGAGACGGAAACGCAAGGCAAGAUUUAUCUCGCGUCUCUGCUCGUAGUCAACUUGAUUUAGUUGGAGCAAGCUGCCACCGUCGUCUUGCUCCCGGGUUGCCGUUUCCCUGGCGAGUACUUGGUAGAGCUCCGUGGCAAUGGCGGCUAUGGAUCAGGCCCCCAGCUUUGGAACUGACCUGAUAACGCGCCACGGUAGCGAGGCGCUGUUGCGGCACAAUGACGAGGAGAUUCGCCUGCUGGAGUCGAUGAGAGCCUACAUGGCCAAACGUGCUAAGGCUGAUCAGGACUACGCCAAGGAGCUACUGAAGCUCCGUGCCGAUCGCAGCACUGGUAGUCAUCUCCAUCGGACGGAGAGUAACGCUACUGAAGAACUGAACCCAAUUUUCAAGGCUUGGCACAUGUUUCAGUCGGAAACUGAUCGUGUGUCAACAUUGAUUUCGCAGCACUCGCAAUCACUCAAUGCAAUAACCGUCCAAUCACUUGACAAGCUGCUCAAUAGCAAGAAGCAAGCCAAGAAACGCUUUACAACUUGCAGACAAGAUGUCGACGCAGCGUAUGGCAAAACAACUGAACGUGUCACCAAACUCAAGAAGUCCUACAAAGCACUUUCAAUGGACGUUUCGAAGAAGAAAUUGGACUUUCAGAGAUGCGUUGGAAUGCCCAAUGCCGAAGAAAAGAAGAAGAAGUAUAUAAAUGGAGCGGUGAAGCUGUGCAAGUGUCACAACGAGUACUUGCUGGCGCUGCAAGAGGUCCAGGAGCAUCAGGAGGCGUAUCGCACGCGCAUCCUGCCAUUGCUCCUGAACAACAUGCAGCAGAUGUGCCAGGGACACGCACAGCAGUGGAUGGAUGCAAUGACAGACAGUUUGGAUAACAUCGACUGUUGCCGUGAAGAGUAUCGGGAGAUCUACAGCCGUCUCCAUGCCACAUUGGAAGAGCUAGACCCUCAAACCGAGUAUAAUUCGUUUAUCGAGAGGAAUGGUGGUAAGCUGCCCCCUGCGGAACGCUUCACCUUUGACGAGAAGCUGCUGGACCAUGGUCCGGAGAAUGCCAGCUCCGAUCACCUGGUCAUCAACAACCUGACACAGCCGCAGCUGGAAGAGGACCUUACAAAGAAACAGAAGAAAUUGGACGACUUCCGGAAAGACCUACAAAAUAAAACCGAUGAGUUGGAUGUGGUUAGAAACACGCAGGUCGAUGAAAACGUAUCACCAGCUGAGCAAAUGGAACAACAUAUGAACACGCUGCGAAAGUACAGUGACUUAUCGCUAGAGGUGGAGCAGCUCUGGCUCGAACAAACCAAGCUGGAACUGGCUGUUACCACUGUCGAAGCAUCCCUCAGUAGCCUCGAUGGUCAGGCAGCCCCGUUGUUUGACGAGGCAGUGGGCCAGCUCGACCAUCAAGUACUGGACUCACAGGAUUACACGAAUGGUGAUGCCGCUGGAGGAGCACUGGGAAUCGGUGGUCCCAAGAAUCGUUUAUCCGGCUUUAUAGGUGGUGUCUCGUUUAUGACGAAAAAGAUGAAAAAGUUUGGCAAAAAGGCCGGUUUGAAAUCCACGAAAAGCAGCCACUCAGCCGUGAGCGGUGGUGCCCCAUCACCAACCAGUCCUGGCAUGGAUAUGGAUGAUGAAUUCGAUCCCAGUGAUACCGAGUAUGAUAUGCCCGAAUCUCACGCCGGAGUCGAGGACGAACCCUGGUACCACGGGGAGAUCAGCCGGCAAGAAGCGUCGGGUCUGCUGAAGAAGCUUGGCGACUUCCUCGUGCGCUACAGUGCGGAGAAGGAGCACUACACGCUAAGUGUCAAGAUGGACUCGAUAAGACACUUCAUUAUCCAGCACAAUGAUGAGGGAUUUCGGUUUGAAAGUGAUGCAUUUGCAUCCAUUCCUCUACUCAUCGAUCACUACGUGAGGAAUCGCCUGGCUGUGACGCAGAAGUCGCAAGCCACCCUAAAGCAGCCAGUGAAGAAACCGGACCUGCGCGAGUACGAGAUACGACAUGACAAUGUGGUGAUUGGGAAAAAGAUUGGCAAGGGCAACUUUGGUGAUGUGUUCAAAGGAUAUCUGACAACGCAUAACAUUGAAGUAGCCGUGAAGAGCUGCCGCUCCGAAGAUUUCCCUGACAAGCAGAAGUUCCUGCGGGAGGCUGAGAUUCUGAAGCAGUACCGACAUCCCAACAUCGUUGAACUGAUUGGCGUGUGCGCGGACAAGGAACCUCUUUACAUUAUCAUGGAACUAAUGCCCAAUGGAAACUUCCUGGAGUUUUUACGAUCUGCCGAGGGAAAGCGUCUGAAGGUGAGCCAGCUAUCGGAGAUGUGCGUGGAUGCCGCGGCAGGCAUGGUGUUCCUGGAGCAGCGCAACUGCAUACAUCGCGACCUGGCUGCCCGCAACUGCCUGGUCGGCGAUGGCAACAUAGUGAAGAUAUCCGACUUUGGCAUGAGCAGAGAGGAAGAUGAUGGUAUUUACACCGUGUCGUCUGGACUCAAACAGAUCCCCAUCAAAUGGACGUCGCCCGAGGCACUCAACUAUGGCCGAUACACGACGCAAUCAGACGUAUGGAGCUACGGCAUAUUGCUAUGGGAAACGUAUACCUAUGGCAGUGGUCCAUACCCAUCUAUGCAGAACCGUGAGACACGUGAAAAGAUUGAAAGUGGCUAUCGUAUGCCCAAGCCAGACCUUUGUCCUCCAGCUGUCUACAAACUGAUGCUUGCGUGCUGGGAAUACGACCCGGAUAGCCGGCCGUCAUUUGCGGAAAUCUACGACAGGCUGUACCAAAUCUCUCACUGACCUCGUCCUGGCAGCAGAGUGUGUAUGUGUGUGCACAUGCGUGGAUGUGUGGGUAUGUGUGUGUAUGCGCGUGUGUUUUUGUGUGCAUGUGUGUACGUUUGUGUGUGUGUGUGUGUGUUUGUGUGUGUGUAUGUGUGUGUGCGCGCACGUGCGUAUGUGCGUGUGUGUGUACAUUGGUUAAACUGUUCCGUGAGUACCUGAUUGUACCGAUGCACUUGGAAAACAGUGGCGGCGGUGUUUUCUUCUAUAUUCACGUUGCUGCUUCAAACAUACCCUCAGUCGUGGUGCACCUUGGCCUCUCUCCCUGCGUCACGUGUUGUUGUCUGCAGGGUAUUUAUCUACACAGAUCAGAACUGCCAUCGUAGUUCGUUUCGAAUCGUUGCUCACCUGUCACCCCUCCUUAGAACGUGUGUUCAAUUCAGUAGCCGAGUAGUUAUACUGCUAUUCUUUCCAGUGCAUGCCGCGCGUAUGUGCUCUGGCAUAAAUACAGAUUUUGCUGAUGAUGGCUUCUGUGGUCGUUCUCAUGCGCUUUGGUGUACUCUUGAGCAGCUCUGGCUGGAUAUGUCAGCGUGCACGUGCAUGUACGGUGCACUGUUUUUGUCUCCCCGGCAGUCUGACUCAGCUGUGCCUUUCGGAAACCGAGCCGCGUAAGCUCUUUACAGCGUACUCGACGUGCACAGCGUGUGAAGACAGUAUUCGUAUUCCAUGUAGACAUCCGUCGUCUGUACGCUUCUGGCUGUCUGUACACCUAUAGCUGGUUGUUAUAUACGCAUUGCCUAUAUUUUAUGCCGCCCUCUACCCCAGCCCCUUCCCCUACAUGUUUGAGACCAUAAUUUUCUGUUGUUGCAUGCCGGGGGAUACAGCGUUUGCUUUCUACUUUCCUUGGCCAUGUGUACCUGCUUCAUGCGCUCAAAACCAGACAUAGCAAUGCCGCCGGCACUCCUUUACUGCUAGCACAGUUUUAUUCAUUUCUUCUUGAUUGACCUCACGGAGGCUUGCCUCCUAAGAUAACGCUGUCUUAGUACUAGUAGGCUAAGUCAGUUGCUUAUACCGUAAUACGCCUGGCUUGACGCAAGUACUCUAAUUUCAGAAAUUUUCGGUGCUCAA